GCUGCAUCCCGGUGCGCUGCAUCCCGGUGUUCCCGCAUCCCGGUGUUCCCGCAUCCCGGUGCGCCCGUGCCGCCCAGCCCCGGCAUUCCCGCAUUCCGGUGCUCCCGGCGUUCUUUCCCCGCUCAGCUCGGCUGGCCCAAGGGCAUCGCGGCGGAGGCGCGUCCCGGAGCAUCCCCCAGCCAGGGGCCGGUGACCUUGGCGAGCGCGGCCGCUGCCACGGCGAGUCCCCGGCGGCCCGGCGCUCUCCAACCCCUCUGGAGCUGAAGAUGGACGUGAAGAGGGUGAAGGACUAUCUGUACUGGCUGUACUACCAGUACCUGCUGGUGACGUGCAGCUACGUGCUGGAGCCCUGGGAGCAGUCCAUGUUCCACACCAUCACCGUCACCGUGCUGGCCAUGGUGGUGUACACAGCCUACGUCUUCGUGCCCAUCCACGUCCGCCUGGCCCUGGAAUUCUUCUCCCAGAUUUUCGGCUCCCAGCCCGAGGGCGCGGUGCUGAACUGAGCUGGCCCCAGCAGGGCCCGGCAGCUCUCACAGCUUUGUGAAAUCGUGUUUGUGCUGAAGUUUGGCUUUUAGGAAAACGCUGCUUGCUUCACCUCCGGGGCUGGAGAGCAGAGCAAGGCACCCUGCACAGCCCCUCUUCCAUAAACACUCUGGGAAUGGGACACACACCAGGAAUGGCACAGGACACAAGCAGCUCCCGCUCCUGCAGCCUCAUCCAAACACUCUGGCAGAGCCCGUUCUGGUGGCUCAGCACACCCAAAGUUCUACCAGCACAGCCCAGUGGGCAGGUCAGAGGGGAUAAAACAUGAGGAUACCCAGCAGGAUUGCAAUGCUCGUGUCUGGCUGGUUAAUGACAUUCAGGCUUUAAUGGAUGGGAGAGGAACUUGGAAGAGAAAGCAACAGGACGAUGAACUUAAAUCCAGCUUUUUUCACAUCUAAGUUCCUGCAGCUGAGUUCAGAUGGUCUAAAAUAUUUUCUUUUUGAAAAAGGUUCUCCACCUCAUCUUGCAGUUUUGUGAGGCUGACAGGAAGAAGCAGCCCUGCUCUGUCUCAGUGCCCUCCUGCCUCCUCUGAUGAAAAGCAAAAUCUUUCCUUGCUGCUCCCACUCACCAAGGCAACAAAGUGCAAAUCAGCACCAGGGGAAGAGGAUCCAGAGUGGAAAUAAUAUUUUAAUACCUGCAGGGAAGGCUUAAAGUGAUUUCCUUUACCAAGAAGAAAGUAGAUUUAUUACCAUUGCCUGUGGGGAGGUUUUGGAACAAUGGGAGGUUUGUUUGGUUUUCAUUCAACACAAAUCAAACGCGGAUGCCAAAUCAUAAAUUACAGCUGCACACUGCACAUCUCCACCAGCUGAUGCUCCUGUUAGUAGAAGUGAGAGGUGCAAAAUGUAAAUAGCUUUCCAAGGAUGUUUGCACAGUUCUAGAUUAAACAAAAAACCCCUCUUAACUUCUUUCUCAAGCUGCAGUGGGUUCCUGCACGCUUCAAAGCACAAGUUGGUUUGGAAACGAACACAUGUGGUGAAGGUUGCCCAGAUCUGAACAUGUGUAUGCAGUUUUUUCAGCCAAAAGGAAAAUAAAAUUUUAUUCUUCAG